AUGGAGAGAGGAGGAAAAAACAAGGUGGGCCAGUUAGGAUUCAAGGCUCAGGCCCAACCAAUGGGCAGGUAUCAGCAAAAUAGGAGAGCCACAGAUGAUUGGAGUCACAGGCACGAGAAGGAAGCACCAACCACAGCCAUUCAUUGGAAAGGAAAGAGCUUCUCCGAAUUCUCCGGCCUCCGCAGCUCAUCGGGCUACCUUCCCUUGUCUAAGAAAUCCUCCGACGACUUCCAUUCAGUCGUUGCCUUCCAGACCUCUGCAGUUAAAAGCAGCGGAGGGUACAGGAAAGGAGUGGCGGAAGCAAAACUAAAGGUAGCCAUUAACGGGUUUGGUAGGAUCGGAAGGAACUUCUUGAGAUGCUGGCACGGUCGAAAGGACUCUCCUCUUGACGUCAUCGCCAUCAACGACACCGGAGGUGUCAAGCAGGCCUCUCACCUCCUCAAGUACGACUCCACCCUCGGAAUCUUCGAGGCCGACGUCAAGCCCGCGGCGGCGACAGGGCCAUCUCAGUGGACGGAAAGAUCAUCCAGGUCGUCUCCGACCGCAACCCCGUCAACCUCCCUGGAAGGAACUGGGGAUUGACUUGGUGAUAGAAGG